AUGGCUGUGUCAAAUCCAGUUGCAUUCAAGCCAUUUCCAGUAACCUUCUGGACCACGGUUACCUACAUUGCUCUUCUCGUUCCCUUACUCGUCAUCCACGAAACAGUUCCGCCUCCUCCGAGCAAUCCGACGUUGUACUCCGGUCUAAACCUCACCAAGUCAUGGCUCGACUUAACCGUGAUUUCGCGCGAUUACCACCCGUUCAAUAGCCGAAAGAAUGACGAGAUACAUGAUUGGCUGUUGUUGGAAUUGGAGGAGAUUAAGAAGCGAAACGGGGCCAACGACUCGAGCGUGGUGGUACUAGCGGAUAACGUUUCCAAUAUCACGACUGCUAACGCCAUAUUUGGAGCAUCGACUCCAUCCGGCACAUAUUUCGAGGGCACAAACGUGGUGGUAUACAUCCGUGGAAAAGAUGAUCCACGUGGACGAUGGUGGGAGGACGGCGCCGUAUACUCUGACAAGAUCGUGGGCAAAGGGGGAGUGUUGAUAAAUGCCCAUUACGAUUCUGUUGCGUCUGGAUUUGGGGCGACCGACGCUGGAAUGGGCUGCGUCACCUUGAUAGCUCUUGUCGACUACUUUUCCCGGCCAGAAAACCAACCUCAGAGAGGUAUCGUUGCCUUGUUCAACAACAACGAGGAAGAUGGGCUGUGGGGUGCACAAGCGUUCGCGAAUAAUCCCCUCCUACCCUUCUGUCAUACCUUCCUGAAUCUUGAGGGUGCCGGCGCCGGCGGUCGUGCUAUGCUGCUUCGCGCGACCGACGCUCAAGUGGCCAAUGCCUAUAAAGGCACUGAGAGUCCGUUUGGCACUGUUAUCUCAUCCGACGCAUUUGGUCUGGGAGCUAUAAGAAGUAAUACUGACUACAUAGUCUUCGAUGGAGUCUACGGUAUACGAGGGUUAGACGUGACGUUUUAUCGACCUCGUGCUAGGUAUCAUACUAACCAAGAUGAUGCUAAACAUGCAUCGAGAGCUAGCCUCUGGCACAUGCUUAGUGCCUCACUACACACAAUGCAGGGCCUAUCAGGCGAUACUGGCCGAACUUUCAUCGGAGAACGUGCAGAUGGCGAUCGAAAAAAGAUAUGGAAUGGUAAAGGAACUGACGGUGUUUGGUUCGACCUAUUCGGAAAGGGGUUCGCUCUUUUCGACCUUCACACCUUGUUUGCUUGGUCUCUAACUUUGCUGAUCGCCACACCCCUAAUACUCCUUGGCUUGACAUAUAUCCUGAUACGUAGCGACAAAUACUACUUCUUCUCAGCAAGGCGGUCUGCUUAUGAAGGGUCCGACCUAGACCCCGUUAUGUUAGGUGGCCGAAAGGGCUUAUUCAGGUUUCCAUUCGCCUUCGUCGUCGCAGGAGCACUGGUCGUGGGGUCAGCGUAUCUGGUCACCAAGAUCAACCCGUUGGUCAUAUACAGCAAUGAAUACACCGUGUGGGCUAUGAUGAUAUCUCUCUUCUACUUCGUCUUCUGGACCAUCAUGGCGGGAGCAAACUUUGCCCGGCCUAGCGCUCUCCACCGAGGCUACUCCAUUUUCUGGCUAUUCACCAUUGCAUGGGGAGUUCUGGUCGCGAAUACCGUUUUCGAGGACCGCUUUAGAAUCGCGGGCGGAUACAUAUUCGUGUUCUUCCAUGCUGCUGCUUUUAUUGCUUCUUUCAUCUCACUCUGCGAAUUAUUUGCCUUGCCUACUAAGGCAGCGUUUGCACAACGAGUACAUGACGACCACGAGAUCAGGGACCAUCUCGCUGCAGUGCCACACGCCGACGACCUUGUCUCGCCAAGUCACGGCGAGCAUGAUAUUGAGGACGAGGACGACGACGAAGAUGAAGUCGAAUCACCAGCGACAGAGACAACACCUCUUGUUGGAGGGGGAUCUGGAGAAACCCGCCGAACCACAUUUGCUACGACAUAUCGGCGUUCCAUAUCAGCCAUAGUGAACAAGGCGACGUCAGAUGAGGGUGCUAAAGGCCAGCCGUACGUAUACGAGCAAAAAUGGUCAGCAAACCUCCCCAGUUGGGUGUGGGCCAUUCAAUUCCUUAUCCUAGGCCCAUUCUUAAUCAUUUUAGCUGGCCAGAACGGUCUGAUGUUGGUUUCCGCUGUUUCGCAGACAGGUGCUGAUGGCUCAAGUCUUCUCGUUCCAUAUCUUAUCACUGCAUUCUUUAGCAUUUUCUUACUCUUGCCGAUCACCCCAUUCAUGCAUCGCAUCACCCACCACGUGCCCAUGGUGUUACUUGGAGUAUUCGUCGCGACCUUGAUCUACAAUCUAGCUGUCUUUCCUUUUUCCGAAGGCAGCAGAUACAAAAUCUAUUUCCAACAGACCAUCGAUCUUGAUACCGGUUUCACCAAGGUCAAUUACGUUGGAUUACAAGAAUUUGUCGAACGGACGAUUGCCGAGUUACCAUCUGCUACGGGCAAAGACCUUGAGUGCACCACAAAAGGAGGUCUGCGCCCUGGCUUAACCACUUGUUCUUACGAUGGUUCAGAUGUUCCCCCAAAUGUGGUCAAGACGAAUCCCAACGGAAUCCCGCCAGAAAAUGGCUUCAGUAGCUGGUUGAAUUUCAAUAUCACCAGGACUGGGGAUGAGACUAGGGCCAGAUUUGAGAUCGAUGCGAAAGAUAGCAGAUCAUGUGCAAUUACUUUCAAGAAGCCUAUCUCUUCCUUUGUGGUUCAUAGUAACCCUCCUGACGAAAGGUUUGGCAACAUACCAGAAGGGGGUCUGACCAAGAUAAAGCUCUAUCGUCGAGACUGGACUACGCCGUGGAACGUUGACGUGGAGUGGGAGAAAGAUGCAGAUGCAGAUGCAAUCACUGGAAUCGACGGUCGUGUUCUAUGCAGCUGGGACGACGUAAACACCCCUGGAACAAUUCCCGCAUACGACGAAGGACUUAAGUACGCCCCGCGUUGGGUAGCUCUUUCGAAGUUAACAUCGGGCCUAUGCGAAGGGAGCAAGGCAUUCAAAGCAUGA